UCCUCUCUCAGGAAGGGUGCCCAUAAUGCGGAAAUCCCAGAAACAAUCGACCCAUGUGUGUUAAUUAGUAAAUGCUUUCUCUGAUCCGAGUCCAUAGCGGAUAUAUUGUUACACGCAGCUUUAACGGGAAGAAAUUUGAUGAAGUUGAGAGUUGAUUGAGGAACUCUAUUGAUCUGACCCGCCACUUGGAGCUGCGUCUUCGUUAGACACGGUUGUGAGGAUGCUCUGGUGGUGUCUAGUCCUCAUUUUGCUGGUGCCCCCCGGGGAUACUUCCGGGUUCCCUUGUUAUGGUUGUUCUAGAGACUUGCGAAGAAGAAACCAACAGAAGCGACAAUCGCUUACACGAGAGUGCACGAGUCCAUGUGAAUGUCCUUUCCGGAAACUGACCUGUAACUAUGGCGUCAGUCGCCUUAGAGACGGAUGUGGCUGCUGUAUGAUGUGCGCGCGCCAGUUAGGAGACAUCUGUAGUAAGCAGAAUCUGUGUGAGCCUACUCGGAGUCUGUACUGUGACAUUCCGCGAUACUCCAGCAUCGGCAUCUGUAGGGCCUUGCACCCAAAGUCCUGUAAUGUAAAUGGCGUAAAAUACAAAGAUGGCGCCCAGUUCCAGUUGGGUUGCAGUAGGAUGUGUACUUGUCAGAACGGUAAUUAUGGGUGUGCCGACUUAUGUCCCCAAGAACAUAUCCCACCCUCCGACAAAUUCUGUAAAAACGCCAGACUGGUCAGUGUUAGUGGCACAUGCUGCAAAGAAUGGUCAUGUGACCUGGCAAACGUCACGAAUAAAUCGCCAAGGCAUGCCAUGUUAAAAGGCGCCAACCUGCUGGUUAUGUCAGAAGAAGCCAUGAAAACAAUAAAUAUAACUGAAAAAGAGCCCAAAUGUUCCAAAGAGUGGUCUCCUUGCUCUGUUUCGUGUGGCUAUGGUCUGUCGCAUAGAUAUGGAUCAGAAACGUGUGACGUCAUCAAAGAUACCCGGAUUUGUUAUCCUAGACCCUGCGACACAUCAAAUAUUAAACCGAAAAAGAGGUGUAAGCCAACAUUUCGAAUAACUAAGAAAGAACAUAUUGUUCAAGAAGAGGGCGACAAAAUUUGCAAAAGUGUGAGGAAAUACAGACUGAAAUUUUGUAGUACAUGCGCACAAAACCAGUGCUGUUUUCCAUGGAAGACUAGCACACGUAUGUUGGAAUUUAAGUGCAGUGACGACAGUUAUAAGUAUUUGAAAUAUUCCUGGACUAAAAGGUGCAAAUGUGAAAAAGAGUGUCCAAAACCAACUUUCGUUAAAAAAUGAAAGUUGAAUUCUUGUGAUUAUAUAGUGUAUAUAUUUGGUUUAUGCUGAGAGUAAUUUAUUUUGCAUUCUGACAACGAAAUAUCUAUUUUUGUAUUUUUGUAUAUACAUGUAUUUAUUCUUUCUAUCUAUUUCCAUGCUUUCU